GAUGCAUGUAAAUCAGCAAAGUUAAAGAGGGUAGCCUAUAUUUAAUUGGGAAUGGCACGAUACAAAUGUCCUUGAAGAGAAGAUAAUAGAAAAUAUACAAAUAAAUACGAAAAAAAUCAUGCAUUCGUCAUUCCAAGAAGGGUGGAUGUAUUGUCUGCAAACCAGCAGAGGAGACAUGGCUUUUAGCUAGAGUAUAGCUAAUGAUGAAAUAGCUAUAUUUUCUGAAUUGUGGCUACAUUAGAGUUAAUAAACUGAAAGCCAAAUGAUAUAAUUUCAAGCAAGACAGAGAGGCAAUUUAAAAAGGUUUCUCUCCUCUGUUCUUCUUGUGUGAUGUCAUCAGUGGCAGAACUGUUGUAAUUGACUAUGUGGGGGUUGAUCAUUUCGUGCCCUGGUGUAGCCUCCCGUGCUCGAAAGUAGAAGGGGAGUAGCAUCUUUAACCGAGGCGAUCGUGGCUCCCGCGGCCGCGAUCGAGUACCGCCAAGCCGGACAUCUCACGCCGGAAAAUAUGGAGGCUGUGGCCGACGAGCUGCGGGCCGGCUCUCAGAUUCCUGUUACUAUCGAUCAAAUAGUUAACGAUACACUAGUGGUUACGCUAACCUAUCAAGAAAGGAGCUACAUGGGGAUAUUACUCGAUUGCAACAAAAAGACUGGGCUUUUCUGCCUACCAGAUGUCACAACAAAGCCAGUGAAAUGCCCUGCAUUCAAACCUGGUUGUGAAAUCCCUGAAGUCCUGACAGAGGAGCCAGUUACUAAACUUCCCAGCCAGUCUUCACAUCAUAGACCAAAGGAUGAAAACACGCUCCCUGAGAAUGAUCCACCAGGUGCUCAUCUCCCUGCCCCUCUGCCCACACCAGUGCCUGCCGGGCAGGCUCCAUACCCUCCUUAUUUUGAAGGUGCUCCCUUCCCUCCACCCAUAUGGGUCCGCCACAGCUAUGGUCAAUGGGUACCCCAGCCACCACCGCGAACAAUCAAGAGGAAGAAGAGGCGGACCCGAGAGCCCGGGCAGAUGACCAUGAGCACUAUCAGGCUCCGCCCCCGGCAGGUGUUGUGCGAGAAGUGUAAGAACACGCUGAACAGUGACGAAGACAGUAAAGACGGGAUGCCCGCCACCAAGACGUCUAGGAAAGAGAAUGCGCUAUACAGCGACGAGGGGUCCGUCAAGUUGGCCAGGAAAGAGGACGCAGACGCCACCAAGGAUAACAACAAGAGACGGGAGAAUGGCCCCACUGGCUACGACAGCAAGCGGCUCCGGAAGGACAAAAGGGAUGACGAUCCAAAGUUCCCUGCAGUAGACAUCAUUCCCCACAGCCCAGUCAUCAAGAUUUCGUACAGCACUCCGCAAGCCAAGGUUGAGGUCAUGAAGAUCCCAGCUCGGGUCCACGGCUCCGUCAAGCCUUUCUGCCCCAAGCAGCUGAUGCAGAACGGCCUGAGAGACCACCAGGGCAAAGUGCCUGAGCCCACCACCCUAACCCAGACUCAGGAGCAGCGCCACAUCUUGGACGCCACCAGGACGGGCCUGACCGUGUCCAUUCCCAAACUCAAGCUCCCCAGGCCCCUAACGGCCGGCCUGGACCUCCCCUCCCCAAAGAUCCGCGUGACGACCCUGGGGGACGGAGAGGACAGCCUGACGGUGUACGAGGCGGAGCUGGUAGAGGGGUCGAGGAAGAAAGGCCCCAGGGUGCCAGUCCCUGGUCCCCUGCCCCACUCGGAGGACUCUGAGGAGAAGACUCCCAUGGAGUUGUGGUCGGGGAGCUCUGGAGAGGAGGCCGACCGAGGCCACAGUGACCUCACGCUGCUCAUCAACUUCCGCAAGAGGAAGGCGGACUCCUCCAGCCUGUCUGUGUGCAGCACCGAUAGCUUGGACGAAUCAAAAUCCUUCACCUCAGACGGCACGCCCCCGGAGAUGUGCGACCUGGCUCCCGGAGAGCACAUCUCCUCCGUGUCUUCCUCGUCGCUCUCGCGAGACGACAACAAGACUGUGCCGCCACUCACCGUGCGCCUGCACACGCGCAGCAUGACCAAGUGUGUGACGGAGGAGGGCCAUGCGGUGGCCGUGGGAGACGUGGUGUGGGGGAAGAUCCAUGGGUUCCCCUGGUGGCCGGCAAGGGUGCUCAGCAUCAGUGGCAGCCGCAAAGAGGAGUCCGUUAACUGCGAAGCCCAGUGGCCAGAGGCUAAGGUGGCCUGGUUUGGCUCACCCACUACCUCCCAGCUCUCCGUUGCCAAACUCUCUCCCUUCCGGGAGUUUUUCAGGUCGCGGUUCAACCGCAAGAAGAAAGGGAUGUACCGACGAGCCAUUGUGGAAGCUGCCAAGGCCGUGGGCCACAUGAGCCCUGAGAUCACCUCUCUACUCACCUCUCACUGCGAAACGUAGAGUCUGAAGACUGAAGAAUAGUCUCCUUUCAAAGGCUUCACGGAAAUCUGACUCCCCAGGAGAGAAAGGAAGCGUGUGCAGUUGCUAGGGUCACUAUUUAUACAGCGCCCCCCCCUGCCCUCCCCUCCCACAUGGCUGGAGGAAAAUGGCCACCCAGGUGGAGUGUUGUUGACUGGAUAAGGGAGCAAGAAAUGCCAGUUUGAGGCAUCUCAUGGACUACAAGGAACAAUUAUUCAAUAAUUUUUUAUUUUUAACCAUAUCAGUAGAAACUGAAUAGCAACACACUACAAAUCAGAAUGUAUUUAUUAUCUGUAACCAUUUAUUAUCCAUAACGAUUUAAGUUUACCUUUCUACAAUUCCUUAAGAUCUCCAUACUGCUGCUUUUGUGAACGUCCUCUCGACCGAUUGGUCGUGAAGUGGUUCAACGACAACCAGUCAGAGGGCCUCGUCAGGUCUGUUCAGUCCCAGUGCCAUCCUCAUUGGAAGCCCACCCACUUUCUUCCCGAACAGACCAGGAAAUGUAUAUCUGCAUUUCUGGUGAAAAGUCGUACACUAAGUUCUUUACUUUCCAAAUAUGAGAAUGUGAAACUGUUCCAUCUAGAGAUAGUACUGUAGUUUAUUCUAUUACACAGUGAUUCAUCCUUGUAGCCUUCUUCAGCAUUGCUAGUUGGAUAUGUCGACGUAAUGUUAUUUAUACUUUUUUUCAAAUUUGUCUCUUCCAUUUGGGUUUGAAUACCUUUAGAAGUGUGGUAUGUAUUGGUUGUUGUUGAGAGAUCCCCAAAGUUAAUUUCUACUCACUUUCAUUAUUUAAUGUGUCAUGUAAAGAAAAAGCACUUUAUCUGUACCUUGGUGGCCUGCUGUAAGCUCAUUGUCCUUUCACUAACUGGAGUUACAGCACUGCCAGGCAGCGGGAGUUCAUAUCACGGUUGACUAUCCAUGGCCUUGGAGAAUAGUUUUUUUAAUUUAAGUUUUGGGACACCAGAGAUUGAACCUUUUCAGGGGUGGUUGUGUACACUGUAUUCUUGCAUUUAUGUCUCGGGUGUGUAUUUGUACAUUCUUUCAACUCGCCCCAGCUCCAUCAAAUGUUUCCACUGGAGAAAAUGAUCAAAUGUCAAACCCUAUCCAUCAAUUAAAGCUUUAUAUUCACCUGAAAAUGCUGUAAGAAUACUGUGAAUUCAACUCUUUGAGUGUGCUGGUGAAGGGUGGGGGGGGGAUGGGUGGCUACUCUGUAUGCUCAAUACUGGUUGCAGAUUGCAGUCCUGAGAGGGAGAGACUGCAGGAUCAACCUUUAUUGACCUUGGAGUUGAAAGCAGCACUGUUGGAAAGUAUGGGGAAGGGAGGGACCGCAGGAACCAUGGGUUGUUCAGUAGGCACUAAACAAGAAAACGGGCAAGGACUACCUGGACUUGUCCAAUAGAAAUCCCUUAUUUUAGUUUUCUGUUGCAAGCCCUAAUGAACACUACCCAGAGCUCCUGUCGCAUUUCUGUUCCGUUUUGAGUCCCUUUGGUUUUGAUUGACUCUUUAGGAAGAAUGGGGAAGGAGAGUGCCUAGCUCCCCCUUUCACCUGGUUUAUGAUUAAAAUAGAAGCAGAUGUCAGGAAAUUCCUGUAUUUGAUGAGCUACAUGGCUGUCUGCUGUUGCCCACAUUGGUCAAUGUUAUUGGCUAUUUUCAGUUUUUUUUUAAACUUUUUUUUUUUUUUACAUGUACAUAAAAUAAAAUAUACAGGCAAUA